GUUAUUUUCCUUGGCCACGAAGAAGAAGAGUAGGUUAUGUUCAUAGAUAAGUUAGGUUAUUUUUGAAAAGAUUUAAAGAAAAAGAGCAAUUUAGAUGAUGGAUCCAGAAAAAGUCAAUGAAUACUUUUCAAAAAUAAUAAAAACUGAACUGGAUGUAUCCGCUGGGGUAGCAGCCAUAAGGACCCUUAUGGAAGUUAUUCGACAAUCGGAAUCAGAGACAGUGCAAGAGUUGGAAGCAAAUUUGAAGGAGGCCAUUAUGAUAAUGAAAAAUUCAAAUUUUCCUGUUGCAGCAAUUACAUCUGGUUGCGAACUAUUUUUAAGGUUUAUCACUUUAGUGGGAAUGGAUACAGUAGGCAGUUUCAGUGAAUGUAAACAAAUCAUGCUUAACAGAGGAACUUUGUUUUUAAAAAAGCUGGGUGAGGCCAGAAGCAAAAUUGUAAAAAAUGCUUCUAAGUUUAUACUUGAUGGCUCAAAAGUGUUAACUCAUUCAAGGUCUAGGGUUGUUUUGCAAACAUUACGUGAGGCCCAUUCGCAAUGUAAAAUAUUUGAGGUAUAUGUAACUAUUUCAGCUCCCGACAAUAGUGGGAAGCAAAUGUGUAAAGACUUGUUGAAACAAGGUAUUCCUUGUACCCUAAUCCUUGAUUCAGCGGUGGGCUAUAUAAUGGAACAAAUUGAUUUUAUCAUGGUUGGCGCCGAAGGGGUUAUGGAAAGUGGUGGAAUAGUAAAUAAGGUUGGAAGUUAUACAUUAGCGGUGUGCGCUAAUGAAAUGAAAAAACCUUUUUAUGUUUUGACAGAGAGCUUUAAGUUUUCUAGACUGUUUCCUUUAAAUCAACAAGAUUUGCCUGUGGAAUACAAGUACCUAUCCAAAACUAGACAGGAAUUUAACAACCUGAAAACGGCACAUCCAUUAGUGGACUAUACACCUCCCUUCUAUAUUACCCUUUUAUUUACUGAUAUUGGAAUAUUGACUCCAUCAGCUUUCAUUUCGAAAUGCCUUGAGCCUGUAUCCGGUCCAGUUGUAACCUAAAAAUGGCGCAGUAUAGAAGCAUUUCCAAAUUUUAUGGCUAUGAUCUGUUCAUAGAUAUAAGAAAGUGAACAAUUGCUGUUGAAUGGGAUUAUCCAAGGGUGGUCGUUAACAUACAAUGCAACAGGAUUAUUACCUAAAGUUUCGGAAUUUAAAUUCAGGUAAAAUUGUGGUCCGUAAUAGAAAAUAAUUUUAUACCUAUCUGUGUUUAAUCUUCUUUGGUUUGGUAUACUACUUAGUUUAAGUUUAUUAGUAAUCAUUCUUAUUUCGUGUGUAAUACAAAAUAUAUGCGAGUCUAAUGUAUCUCAGGAGAUGCUCCCGCCCAAACGAAGAAAACACUAUUAUAUUCAGAUUAAGGAAGUUAUAAACAAUGUUCAUUGGACUCUCAUUGAACGUGGAAUUCCAAUAUCAACUGUAUGGAAAAUUUUGAAUAAUCCCAUUUCAGUGAGGAAAAAAAGAAGCGAUGCUGACAUUUUCUCGAGUGUAGAUGAAAGUGAUCAAGAUAUAAUACGGCGUAAAAUUUACCAGUUAAACGAGGAACAAAGCGUGGCUAUCUUAGAUAUCUUAAUUAGGAGUCUUGAAAAAGAUGAAACCGGUGUUAAAUGUGGCAGAACUACCUUAUGGAAGUGUAUCGAACACAUGGGUUUUAGAUUUAAAAUAAUUGACAAAAGGCAAGUUUUAAUUGAAUCUUUUAGAAUUCUAGAAAAAAUUAGGAUUACAGAGGCAACAAAGGCCGAUUAUUUACUUGAUGAAACCUGGAUCGACACUUAUGAUACCCCGGAAAAGGGUUGGGUUGACUCAACUGAUAAAUGUAAAACAAACGGGUCAUCAAAAAGACGUAAAACAAUAACUAUUUUGCACGCUGGCUCUAAAGAUGGUUGGAUUCGAAAUGGACUUUCUCUGUCUGCGAAAAAUAUUAAAGAUUCUUCUCUGGAUUACCAUGAAGACAAUACUGGUGUGAUUUAUUUGAAAGUUGGUUUAAAAACAAAUUAGUUCCAAACAUUCCUCCUAAUAGCCUCAUUGUAAUGGUCAAUGCAAGUUAUCACAGUAGACAGUUGACUAAAACCCCUCACACAAUCCAAAACUACAUGUAUAAUAACGACAUUUAUUUUCACAAAGAUUAUACGAAAAAGCAAUUAAUUGAAGUUCUACAAAGCUUGAACCUACAAAAAGAGUACGUCUGUGAUAAUUAUGCAAAAAAUCUAGGGCAUACAGUUUUAACCUUACCACUGUAUAUUUAAUCCCAUUGAACAUGUUUGGCACCAAUUGAAAUCUGCCAUUCGUUGUAACAAUGUUUUUCCCCGUGUUAACUCCAAUAUACUCAAACUUAUAGAAACCGAAGUUUUUAACAACCCUCCGCAAAGUUAGGCAAAUUCUGUUAAACAUAUAGAAAAAACAGAACAAUCGUAUAUCCAUAAUGCAAAUAAUAUAGAACAAAUAAUAAUUCGAACAGGCGAUGAUAGCGAUAGUGAUACUGAUAUAUUAUGUGAAUAAUUUUAAGUAAUUUAAGUAGGUAAUAAAAAUAAUUUUCUAAUUUUAUUUUAGAUUUAAACAUAAAUACAUACAUAAAUAAAUAAAUAUUGUUUAGAAUCUUUCUUAACAAAACCCCAAAUAAUUAAAUUCUAAGCAAAGUACAGCUUACCCGGGUCUUUCCUUAAUUCGUAUCAGUUACUCACUUUCUUAUAUCUAUGAACAGACUAUACCAUAAUAAUUAACACUCAAGGCUAUAUCCCUCAACCGACUUGUCCUUUGCCUAAAUAUCUGUAUUGGCACCACAACAAUAGCAAUUAGUUGAACGUCUGUGAUUCUAUAUCUCGUUUUGCGUAAAAAUCUAACAUGCAUUCCAGACCGUCAAUAACUCUAUACAAUGUGAUAUAAGUUUCAAAAUAUGACGAGAGAGGCCAAACUAUUUGAAUUCUAAUUAACCCCAGAUAGUUUUGCAAGAAAUUUUAUUUCCUACAAGUUCAUUAGCAGCCAAUCUAAAGCGUUGUUAUAGUUAGCUAUCGAAACGUUACUUAAAAAAUGCAAACAAUGUAAUAAAAUCGUUGUCAUGCAAGUAUCGUGCAGCAAAAACCACCUAGGUUCAAGAACAACAAAACCAAAUGAUUUUAGAAUAUUCUCAAUCGAUAGUGGUUUUCUCUUUUUGAAGCCAAGAAUAUUU